AUGGCUGACUAUCCGCAUAGCGAAAAUGUUUUUAACGAUGUUGUAGACAAUUUAGGACUUGUAAUUUCACAAUUACAAGAUGGUGAAUCUCAGCAAACAGAUAACUCUAACUAUGAAAAGGUUGCUUACUGGGACAGAAUUGAAAAGAUCAGUCAAUCCUUGUCACAUGAAGUAACUAUCAUCAGCAUGGCUUUCUCUAAAUCUCCUUAUCCCUCCCCUGAGAAUGUCAGAAAAAUGCUUAGCAAGCUUGAGACAGCCUCUUUAGCCCUUGUAUCAAAUUUUUACUCUUUGCCAAAAUCUCAAGGUUUAUUGUUGCGAGAUUCUUUCAAAAAGUCAACCUUAGAUUUGAUAACUAAAGUUCAGACUUUUGUCAAAUCCAUUCAAACUGGUAUGGCCAGUUCUCCAGAGAUGCUGCAAAAAACAGGCGUAGUGUGGGAACAUUCUGACUAUUUCAGUAACUUACCUAAAGAUAACAAACGAGCUGUUAUUGAACUGAUGACAUGGUCUCUUGGUCUUCUGUUGGAUGCACUUAGAGAACUAGAAGAGACAAUGGCUGGCGGUGGUCAGUUUGAUGACCUUGAUGAUUUGAUAAUUGAGUCUGGUCAGGGUUUGAGCAAUGAAGAUGAGUGGAGUGAAGAGGACAGAACACUGCUUGGACCAUGCCAAGGUCUCAUUAAAGUGGCUAACUACUCUCUAAAGAAAGCAAUGAAAGCCACAGAAAAGGGUGGACAUUGUGACACUUUCCAUCAGAUAAGUGAGUAUGAUGAUAUGGCUGAUCACAUCAAGAAACUGAGUCCUGCAGUUGACCAGUUGGGUAUUGCUCUUUAUCCACCAAUGAGACAUCGCCUUGUUCGUGCCUAUGCAGAACAUUUGGCAGAGAUCUUAAGGAAUUUCUUAAACUGUCUUGGUGGCUCUCACAUUACCUGUGAAGAUGAUAUGGAAUGGCUUAACUAUCUACAUAAGGCCAUUGAACACAACAUGGAAAAGAUCCACACACUUACCAAUGAUAAAUGA